AUGGAUAUCGACACGCCUCCACCACCUAGCGGAGGCUUCCUCCUCUCACCACCCGCAUCAUCGACACUCUCCAGCACCUCCAGCUCUCGCACCGCUCUCCCGCAUCCACGCGACAUCCCUCUCAAACCAGGCGGCAGCAAAGAAAGCGCCUUCAUCCGUUUCGUGGACCAGCAACUCCUCCACGUCCAGCGUCGAUUCGCCAAACGAACGAGUCCCUCCUCCGCCUAUCUGAGCGACGUGGAUCGCGACAAAGCAGAUACAUGGGGCGAUGUGAAAGGCUAUGCGAACAUGAAAGAGGCAUGCAGAGAUAUCGAAGAGCUCACGGGGAUCGUAUGGGUGAGCGGGACUCCGUCGUUGCAGAUUCCGUAUCUGAUCAGUAUUGGCCUGUUGGUGGGCAAUGUGGUGGAGAGCAUGCCAGCAAUGCCAGAGAGUCUGUUCAGAGUGCUGGAUAAGCUGGACCAUGCAUUCGCGAGUUUACUUCAAGGCAGGGAUGUUGAUACGGGGGAAGCAUUGCCCGGCUUUACGGGUGGCAGGGCUGUGUCUGGGACUGAGAAGGUGCGGAUAAGAAGCUUGGUGGAGAGGACGAGAAUCAAAGUUGUCGAGACCUUCAAGAGGGGGGAUUUCGAGUAUGAGGAGCCGGAGAAGGAGGAGACGGAAGACGAGGAUAAGAUGGACACCGACACCGAUCUGGAGGGAGCCUUGGUGCUGGAGGGCGACGAUGCAGACGCCGGAGAGGACGAAGACGAGAGUUUCGAUAUGUCGAUUGCUAGAGUCUACGAUCGAACGAUGGUGGAACUAGGAGACAGUCUGGCUGAGCCGAGUCUUGGCAUUAUCACCGAAGGCAGGGGAUGA